UCUAAAGUGUGUGUUUUCACCUGUCAGGUCCCGCUCAAGUUCCAAUGAUGUCUCCAAAUGGUUCAGUGCCUCCAAUAUAUGUGCCUCCUGGAUACAUGUCACAGAUUAUUGAGGAGAAUGGUGUGCGGAGGGUCCUGGUCUUACCUCAGGCAGAGUUUCUACCAGGGAGCCACUCACCGUUGCACCCUCACCUGCCUGCUUUCAUUCCUCACCACGCCAUGAUGCCUCCCCCACCACACCACAUGUACACCACAGUGAGUGGGGCCGGGGACAUGACAACCCAGUACAUCCCCCAAUACCACCCUUCACAAGUCUACGGGGACCAAGACUCUCAUUCACUUCAUGGAAGGUCUGGCUUUGUAAACAGAGAUGACAGGACUAGUAAAACUUACGAACGUUUGCAGAGAAAAUUAAAAGACAGACACAGUGGUCCGACAAAGGACAAAAUGAACAGCCCUCCCUCCUCGCCGCAGAAAAGUGACUGCAGUUCCUCUACAGACAUCGAGAAUGGGCUUGGGAAAGGGCAGAACUCCCCCGGGGCUGCCCCAAUUAAAGGGAAACAAGUAGGAAAAGUAAAAGGCAGUCCUCGAAUAGACACAGAAACACAAGAACUAGAUGAAGAGACAAAGGCCCUUCAAACUCUUCUUUCCAAUAUAAGCAAGCCAGUGAUAUCAGACAUUGAAGCAAAGUCAGCAGUUGUUACAUGGUCUCCCCCUGCUGCUGUGAAUGGGGACAGUGAUAUGGCAAAUUUACCAGACUCCUUUUUUUAUGAGGUCGCUGUCUCCACCAGCGGAAAAAAUGGCAAAUUCAAAACGGCAUAUAGUGGUGAAGAACUUACUACAACUUUAGAAGACCUUAGACCAGCAACUGAUUAUCAUACCAGAGUACAGGCAAUGUGUAAUUCUUUACAAGGGACGCCAUCAGAACCUGUCAGUUUUACUACAUUGAGCUGUGAACCAGAUACCCCAAUUCCACCAAGAAAAACAAACAGGACCAAAAAUACUCUUGUUUUGCAAUGGAAGGUAAAGUGAUAUUCAAAUGUUUAAAUUAUACAC